AUGAAAUAUUAUCCAACUCUUAGAUGCUUAAAAAACCUUUCGUAUUUUCGGGUUUGUCAGGUAGAGAAUGCCGACGAGACAGCAAAAGGCAAAUCAUAUGCGACUAGAAAGGAACUGAAAAAUAAUGACAAUGACGAAUGUUGUUUGAUUAUGAAAGGUGCAAGCAAGCAACCACAUCCUCACUGA